UUUAAACAAUUACCUCUAAAUUAAAUGUUAUUUUAUUGAUUUCUUCAUUCUAAAUUUGAAAGAAACCUUUAGAAUGACUAGCGACUGUAACAACAUGUCUGACUGCGACGAUGGUCAGAGUGAAAUUGAUCCAAUUCAUGAUAUUAUUGACUAUCUGGUUCGCUGUGUAAAUAUUUCAUUUCUACACUCUCACGUUAACGAACAAAAAGCUAAUACUAAAGAAAACAUAAGCGCCGCUAUAAAACUCUACGAACAGUCACCGACACAAUUCUUAACUCAAUUCGGAAAGUAUUGCUCGCCCAAUCACAUAAGCUACUUCGAGAACCUGCCGCAUCUCAAACAUAAUGCUCAUUUUCAAGAGUGCAUAAAUCAUUUGAAACUUUAUCAUUCAAAGGAGCAAACUAUUAAGAGGAUACGGAAUAGGCGUUUCAAAGCUCUCCAAAGGCUAAAAAGCAGUACAGACUACUUCAGCGAUAAACAAAUGAUGUACCGCAACCCCCUGUUGUACGAGCAACUCGUGGGGCAGUACCUGACCAAUGAGGAAUUACAGGAGCGAGACGGCAUGGACACGGAAAACGACUCAUUUUUAAAAGUCAUCCUGGAAUCUGUGGAGAGAAAUGAAAUGAGGGAGAAGAGAAAUAUACAGAGUAUGCUUGAAGAUUUACACCUUCCCGACUCAGAGGACCAUAUAACGGAAAAAGUAGCACCUUCUUCCAGUAUGAAAGAGAAGAGAUGGGGCGAUUUUGAUGAACCCGAUACCCAACCCAGUCACAUACCCGAGCCGAGGCUCGAAUCAAUGAUAAAUGCAAACGAAAGAAACUUACUAAGAGAGGAAUUUUUACAAGAAAUGUACAGCAGCUUUAUAGAGGGCCACGAUAUGGAGUUUGACUACUCUACGGUUGAUAAUAAUGAGGAGUAUGAUGAUUUGGAGCAGAUAUCUAGAGAUGCAGAGGACAGGUAUUUUGAUUCGGAAGACAAUGACAGCAACAACUUGGAGGAACAUAUGAAGCUGAUUAACGAAUACGGAAGAAAACAAUCCAGUGACAGCUCAGCUGUUGACCCUCUAGAUGAGUUCAUGACACAUAUUGAAAAUAAACUAAAUCAGUAAUAACUGAC